AUGGGGUCGCCCUACUAUGAUCAUUUUGACGCAAGCUUAAACUCGUUUGUGGACUAUUCAGAAGCGGCACCAGAGAUUGGCGCAUUCACGUUCGAAGAUGGGCCUUUUAGCUCUCUGUCCGGUGCUGGCAUCGGCAACACAGAUGAAUCCAGCCUGGCGCUGCAACGUACGAAAUCAGAGGUUCUUCCGUCCAAUGUCGAGGCUAUGCCGAAGUCGCAUGACAUUUUGGGUGCUUUCUCUGGCCGCUUGCGCAUGCAAUGGCCUGCUGAUGAUAUGCCAUUAGGUAUAGAGAGCAGUUCUUCCACGGGCAGCACGAGUUCCAUUGUGAGUCAGUCCAAACAGACCAGCAGCGACGUCCCCCCUCUUGGGCCGCGUCGAAAGGGCGAGCAGCAUAUGCACAACACGACAGAUUCAGAAAGUGAGAUUGGUGAAGCGGAUCACCCUGCUUUUGCUCCUUCAGCGCCACUGCAGGUCGAUUCGACAUCGCCACCGGUGACACCGCAGGCCGUGAGUCGUUCACUGCCUCAAGUCAUGAAAAUGCCAAUGGCAGUCCCUCUCCAGGUUUCUCCAUCGCAAGAAUCUCUUCAACGCAUGCGCCACUUACAGCUUACUUCCAAUGUAGGCCCAGUGCUGCCAAAGACAAGAAUGCAGGAUAACCUCAUGAUGCUGAUGCCUGAGUCAUGGGCCAUGUCCGCGCAGCCAUUACAGCAACACAUGGAGCCUCAUAUGCUGCAUCAUAUGGCUGUAAAAAAUAAUGUCAUGCUGGGCUCGUCGCCAUCUUCGCAACAGACUGAGCCAUCUCUGUGCAUCAACCCCGCAUCCACACAAGCACGCACACGACCCUCUAGUGUGGAUGGCGCUCAUAUGCUUUGGGCACCCAUUUCUCUGGGAAGUUCUCAGGAAGAUCCAUCACAGCAGCAAGGAGCCUUGCCGCUCUCCCAAUCCCCAUCCGCCAUGCCAGCACAGGUUCAUGCGCCCGUUCGGGCAAUGCAUCGGCCGCCCAUGGCCUCACCGUCGGGAGUACGGCGAACGACGCAUCAGCGACUCCCACGCAAGGCACAAAGCACCCCGCAUAUUCGCACGAUGGACGGCGAUCCAAGCCGUGCGUCAACAGCUUUAUCCUCGCCCAACAAGACUCGCUCUUCGGCCAAGUCGGUUCGGCGGUUGCAAAGUCAGAUGCGUCUCAGCACGACGCCCGGCCAGGGUGACCAGACCAAGACCCCGACAGGGCGUCUUCGCAUGCGUGGAUCGAUGGCAGCGCUCCGUGAGGCAAACGCAAUGCACGCGGCAAAGCAGUCACCGGGGCCACGCAAGCCUCUCACCCUUAGCUUUGUCAACUAUGGCAUCGAAGACGCAGAAGAAUUGUGUUCUGCCGUGGCGCCUAGUGGCAGUUACAAGGUGCCACUGCGUAAUUUCAAAGACUCAGAUGAUGAAGGCGAGCCUCAGGCAUCAAGUCCUCAGGCGCCGCCUAGUGAGCCAUUGACGCCACGAAGUCGAAACUCUCCCUCCGCACUAGCUCCUGACCCCUUGACACUACCCAUGUCGAUGCCCGGUCAGCACGAGAUUAAACUCGAAUCGGGCGUAUAA